AUGGACUUGGGAGCGGAUCCCAGAUCUCUGGCGGAUGAUGGCCUGUCACCCUACACUGCAGCGAUUUUGAGAGAGGACCCCUGCGGCCUGCUGCGCGGUUUGGAUGUGAAUCUCCGGCGAAGGAUUCUACGUGGGGACGAGAAUGCCUGGGCAGAAGUGGCUCGUUCAGCUGCAGGAAAGGAGCUGCCGGACAUCGCAGCGGGGGCACUCUCCAGAGGUCUUGCAAUUCCACAGAAGAUGGCAGAGGAGCUGCUGACCUACUGCUUCGAUGCGGACCUGCCCUUCCUGGCCCUUCGAGUCCUCGAGCGCGUGGAUGGGAAGCGUUUCCUGCUGCCGGCCUUGGAGAGGGCCCCUUGUCUUCUUUGGUGCUUGCUGGUGUCCGCCGUGGCAGAUCCACUGGUCUUCGAAUUCCUGGACACCACAUGGACCAUCGAAGUGAAGGGCAGCGACUUGGAGGUCACCGCAGACUGCGCAGAAAACACCUGGUGCGGCUUCGGCUUCAACAAGGACAUGGCACAGAUGGAUGGCUCAGAUGUAUUUACCUUCGGAUACCAUGCGAGCGCCGAUCUGGUGGAUUGUCCCACCAAGGGCUGCGGGACUACCGGAUGCGGCUGUGGCUGUGGUUGCGGAACUUCCCGACGUCUCCGCCAGCCCGAGAAUCCAUACAUCCCUCGUGCACGUGACCUGAAAGUGCAGUUGCCCAAAGCUUCUGCACCAGGGGCGCCCAAGGGCCUGGAAGAGCUUGGUGGAGUGGUUGGUGUCGCAAUGAAUGGAGUGCUGUUUGUGCACGAACACCCAGAGGAGGGCUGGACCUGGCUCUUCGACAACUGUGGAGGUCACGGCGAUACCUAUGGCCACUACCACUACCAUGCACCACCUCUUUGCCUGUUGAAAUCCCUGGGCGUUCCGGUGCCAAAGAACAGCUCCUGGUGGAAGUUUGAAGGAGAAAAAGCAUGGCCAAAGAGCGGACCUGAGGUCCAGGUGGGUUGGGCGCUGGAUGGAGCACCCAUUAUGGGUCCUUUCAAGGGAGGCGUCCGCGCUGAAAAGAAGCUCCUGGAUGAAUGCCAUGGAGCCAUUGAUGAGACCACCGGAGAAUACCGAUACUACUUGGUUCCUGAGGCCCCCUACGUGCCUCCAUGCCUCAGAGGCGCCCUUGGAAAGGUGGAAAACUUCCGCAGCUCGAAGGAGGGGCAGCCCUGCAGCCUCUCUGGCGCCCAGCAGGUCGAGAUUUCCACCGUGGAGGAUGGCAAGGUUUGCCGUUUGACUUCAAGGGAAAGACCGUGCGAAAGCUCUCCAACUAUGGCACAUGCCCUGCUGGUGCGGGCUGCGGCUGCGGAAGCACGGCUUGUGGCUGCGGAACCACUUGCGGUUGUGGCUGUGGAACUACCACCACUGCCGCAUGCGGCUGUGGCUGUGGCUGCGGAACAACAACCGCCGCGUGCGGCUGUGGCUGUGGCUGCGGGACAACAACCGCCGCGUGCGGCUGUGGCUGUGGCUGCGGGACAACAACCGCCGCGUGCGGCUGUGGCUGUGGCUGCGGGACAACAACCGCCGCGUGCGGCUGUGGCUGUGGCUGCGGGACAACAACCGCCGCGUGCGGCUGUGGCUGCGGAACAACAACCGCCGCGUGCGGCUGUGGCUGUGGCUGCGGGACAACAACCGCCGCGUGCGGCUGUGGCUGUGGCUGCGGGACAACAACCGCCGCCUGCGGAUGUGGAACCACUUGCGGCUGUGGAACCACAUGACCUGACCAGUUACAGUCUGACCUUCGAGGGUGGCAGAAUGAAGGCUUCCGCCAAGCGCGCACUCAACACUGGCGAUUCAACAGAUUACGUCUUGUCCGCGGACACGCCCUACUACAUCCUGAUGACAGUUGGCUCAGCAGUUGGUAACCGCCCUGCAUACCAGGUGGGAUACCACGGCAGCUCAGCUACUCAGACGUUGGUCUGCAUGAGCACUCUCACGAUGAAAGGUGCGUGCAAGCCGCCCAGUGAAUGGUCUGGAGCUCCAAGUCUUGCGGUCAUCGAAGCCGACGCCAACGACUCAAAGAUGCCAGUGCUGAGUGGUGCCAUCACAAUGGCCCUGCUGUGGCUAGUGCACUGA